ACUGAUUCUACUCAGAAAUGUUUCCUUAUAUUUUUAUUUCAGUUUAAAUAUUUUCUUUCGCUCCAUUAAAAGCUGGAGAACAUAAUGAAUCUACAUGCAGGAAACGCUUCAUUUUCCAUAAACUCCCCUAAUAAACUGAUCUGAUAUUUCUAGUUAAAGUUUCAAUCAUAAGACAACUUUUUCCUUAACUCUUUUGCGUGCGAGAACUGAGGCAAACAUAGAGGACUAUGGCAAAUGACAAGUUUUACGUGUGUGGGGUCGGUUGGACCCCAUUUCUACAUACAAGGGUUAAAACAGAUCCGAUCCCAGUUUAACUGAACCUGCAGAGUCCCAGUCCUGCAGCGGCUCCAAGUCCUCCGAGUCUCCUUCAGUCUAAAACCUGAAAUAUCCAACAGAUUGAAUAAACCUUCGGCCUUCAGGAGGAUUUCUGCGCUUUAUUAAAACAACAUGUUGAUAUUUUUGCUCUAAUAUUGUCUCCGUCAUUCCCGCUCUGGGAGCUUCUGGAAAUGUUGUGAAUUCAUCGGGCUUUUCUGUCACUUUCUGACAUUUUCUCCGAGCGACCAGAAGCUGGGAGAAACUUCUAGCGGGUGACGUCAUGACGCACGCGCUCUGUGAUUGGCCGAAGGCUGAAGAAGCGACGAGAAGUGAGUGAGGGGGUAUAAAGAGCGGUGAGGGUAAAGCUGGGGCAGUUAGAGAUUCAGAGACCUUUAGAGAGCAUCAGAAGAUCCAGCAGAGGAGAAAGAAGCAUCACAGCGCUCUGCGCAGGAAACUCUGGACGACAGCCUGAAAGGAAACCCAGCCAAGAUGUGUGCAGCUAAAAACGUGGCCAUCGGCAUCGACCUGGGCACCACCUACUCCUGCGUGGGGGUUUUCCAGCACGGAAAAGUGGAAAUCGUCGCCAACGACCAGGGCAACAGGACCACCCCCAGCUACGUGGCCUUCACCGACACCGAGAGGCUGAUCGGGGACGCGGCCAAGAACCAGGUGGCCCUGAACCCCAGCAACACGGUGUUUGAUGCCAAGAGGCUGAUCGGCAGAAAGUUUGAAGAGCCGGUGGUGCAGGCCGACAUGAAGCACUGGCCCUUCAAGGUGCUUUCAGAAGGAGGCAGACCCAAAAUUCAGGUGGAGUACAAAGGGGAGAACAAAGCCUUCUUCCCCGAAGAGAUCUCCUCCAUGGUUCUGGUGAAGAUGAAGGAGAUCGCCGAGGCCUACCUGGGCCACAAGGUGUCCAACGCCGUGGUCACGGUCCCCGCCUACUUCAACGACUCCCAGCGACAGGCCACCAAAGACGCAGGCGUCAUCGCGGGACUCAACGUCCUGAGGAUCAUCAACGAGCCCACGGCGGCCGCCAUCGCGUACGGUCUGGACAAAGGCAAGUCGGGAGAGAGAAACGUCCUGAUCUUUGACCUGGGCGGAGGCACCUUCGACGUGUCCGUCCUGACCAUCGAGGACGGCAUCUUUGAGGUGAAGGCCACGGCCGGAGACACUCACCUGGGAGGAGAGGACUUUGACAACCGCAUGGUCAACCACUUUGUGGAGGAAUUCAAGAGGAAACACAAGAAGGACAUCAGCCAGAACAAGAGAGCCUUGAGGAGGCUGCGCACAGCUUGCGAGAGGGCCAAGAGGACCCUGUCCUCCAGCUCCCAGGCCAGCAUCGAGAUCGACUCUCUGUUCGAGGGCGUGGACCUGUACACCUCCAUCACCAGGGCUCGCUUUGAGGAGCUGUGCUCCGACCUGUUCAGGGGAACCUUGGAGCCCGUGGAGAAGGCCCUGAGGGACGCCAAGAUGGACAAGGGCCAGAUCCACGACGUGGUCCUGGUGGGAGGCUCCACCCGAAUCCCCAAGAUCCAGAAGCUGCUGCAGGACUUCUUCAACGGCCGGGAGCUGAACAAGAGCAUCAACCCGGACGAGGCGGUGGCUUACGGCGCCGCCGUCCAGGCAGCCAUCCUGACGGGCGACACGUCGGGGAACGUCCAGGACCUGCUGCUGCUGGACGUGGCUCCUCUGUCCCUGGGGAUCGAGACGGCCGGAGGAGUGAUGACGGCCCUGAUCAAACGCAACACCACCGUCCCCACCAAGCAGACCCAGGUGUUCAGCACCUACUCCGACAACCAGCCCGGGGUCCUGAUCCAGGUCUACGAAGGGGAGAGGGCCAUGACCAAGGACAACAAUCUGCUGGGCAGGUUUGAGCUGACGGGAAUCCCGCCCGCUCCACGAGGGGUCCCCCAGAUCGAGGUCACCUUCGACGUGGACGCCAACGGCAUCCUGAACGUGUCCGCGGUGGACAAAAGCACCGGCAAAGAGAACAAGAUCACCAUCACCAACGACAAGGGCCGACUGAGCAAAGAGGAGAUCGAGAGGAUGGUGCAGGACGCCGAGAAGUACAAAGCCGAGGACGAGCUGCAGAGGGACAAGAUAGCUGCCAAGAACUCCUUGGAGUCCUACGCUUUCACCAUGAAGAGCAGCGUGGAGGACGAGAGCUUGAAGGGCAAGAUCAGCCAGGAGGACAAGAAGAAGGUGGUGGACAAGUGCAAGGAGACCAUCAGCUGGCUGGAGAACAACCAGCUGGCUGAGAAAGACGAGUACCAACACCAGCAGAAGGAGCUGGAGAAGGUGUGCAACCCCAUCAUCAGUAAGUUGUACCAGGGAGGGAGGCCCACUGGGAGCUGCAGAGAGCAGGCAGGAGCCCACAGCCAGGGGCCCACUGUGGAGGAGGUGGACUGAAGGACGACUGGAGGUUUAAUAUUGUAAAAGUCAAAACUGUUUACCUUGUUCUGUUCAUGAGACUUGAAUAUAUUUUUGCUCUUUGCUUUUUUUUCUAUUGCUUUAUGUUAAUAAACUGAUUGAAUGUCA